AAAAACUUAGGUCAUGCAAAGAGAAAUGGAGGGCUCUGACCCCGACUCGCAAAUCGUUGCUCCGGAAGGAAUGAGCGUCGUGGUGGAGCAUCCGGUGAUUUUCAAGAUGCCUCGCCUCCAAAAUGACAAGGAGCGCGAGGAAGUUAUCCUUGGGUGUCUCUACGAGCUCAAGGGAAAGUUCCCAGAUCUGAUAACACUCUCUACAGGCCGACUGCUCAAAGAAAUCGAUGGAUGCACUCACGCAAUCUUCGUUCGAUUUCCUUCUCGAAAGGCUCUCAUCGACUACUACACCUCCGAGCAGCUUAUGGAAGUUAUACAGAAGAUGCUACCAUCCCUUUCGGGGGAGUAUACAGUGGACUACAGUGGGUUUGCAUUCAACGAUCUCGUAAAGGAACACGAAAACAGUGUUGUCCAUAUAACAUUCUGGAAGUUCGCCGAUGAAAUCACCUCUGAAGCUGUGGAGGAUGUUAUGAGCUCUCUCUACAGCCUGAAAAACGAGAUGCCGUCGAUCGUUCUACAGAUUUCUGCUGGUUCGAACAACUAUCUGCGGGACAAGGCCUUUUCUCAUGCGUUUGUUGCACGACUUGCCUCAGAAAAUACCGUGGAAGGGUUCUAUUCUCACCCUGCGUACGUGAAGAUUAUGGAGGAGAAGAUCCAGCCUCAUUGCAAGCGAAUUCUUUCGGCCGAUUUUACUCCAUACUCUCCACCCUUGGCAGGGCCUCGACUUUGACGAAUCCAACAUUUUGGAGUUCGAUUUGCAUUUACUUGCUGUAAUCGACUCAGCUAGUGCAUGCUACUUGUCCUCCAUGCAAAGACACAGUUCCCUUCUAUAAAAUCUUAUGGAUUCCCAAGAGAAGGAAAAGAGAGAA